AUGGAGUCUGAAGCAUUUGACGAUCUGGCGAAGAGCACCGACCCUCUCCGCACGGUCAAGGAUUUGGCCGCCGGUGCGGCGGGUGGAAUCGCUCAAGUGCUGCUGGACAUUGUCAAGGUCCGCUUGCAGACCACCUCCCAAUAUAAGGGUGCGUUGGACUGUGCCACUCAGAUCUUCAAAAAGGAGGGCCCCGCCGCCUUUUACAAGGGCACUUUGACUCCCUUGAUUGGAAUCGGAGCGUGUGUUAGUGUACAGUUUGGUGCUUUCCAUCAAGCUCGCCGCAAGCUUGAGGAAUUGAACAAGAAGAAAUAUGCCGACAGCACCCUUUCUUACGCUCAGUACUGGCUGGCCGGUUCAUUUGCGGGUGUGACGAACUCGGUCCUUUCGGGUCCGAUUGAGCAUGUUCGUAUUCGCCUCCAGGCUCAGCCGCACGGCGCUGGUCGCCUGUACUCUGGUCCCAUUGAUUGUGUAAAGAAGUUGGCUGCCCAGGGGGGCGCUGUGCGCGCUUUGUAUCGCGGUCAGGCUGUGACUAUCCUCCGUGAAGCAACAGCCUACGGUACCUGGUUCAUGGCAUUCGAAUACAUGAUGAACAUGGAUGCCAAGCGCAACAAUGUGCAGCGUGAAGAUAUCUCCGCUGUCAAGGUUGCCACAUAUGGUGGUCUUGCCGGUGAAGCACUGUGGCUCGCCAGUUAUCCUUUCGACGUGGUAAAGAGUAAGAUGCAGACCGAUGGCUUUGGAGCUACUCAGCAAUAUGCCAGCAUGCGCGAUUGCUUCAAGAAGACCUACGCCCUCGAGGGCUUCGGUGGAUUCUGGAAGGGCAUUGGACCUACCCUCCUGAGAGCGAUGCCAGUAUCCGCGGGUACUUUUGUUGUUGUCGAGCUUGCCAUGAAGGCUUUGGGCUAA